AUGGCAGAAUCAGUAAAUGAAAACAACAACAAUGCUGGCGACUCCAACGGAAGCGGAAGGACAAAGAGAAAUACUAUAGUGACAAUCGUUGUGGUUGUGAUCGUUGUUACACUCAUCAUAAUACUGGCAACCAAGAAGGGAUGGAUUGGAGGAAGCGGCAAGAAGGUUGGGGCGGAAGAACCCGCAACUAAGCUGUCUUCUAAGUCCGAUGACCGUAAUGGUGGCCCCAACAAAAAGUCUCCAGCAAAGGGCAGUAGUAAGGAUGAUAACAACACCGAAGAAAGUGUCCAGAGCAAUCUCUAUGGAUAA